AUGCCUUCAUUUAUCAUUAUUCUCUUCGCAUUGCUGAUGUUCUUUUGUUGUUGUUGCGAUUGUCAACAACAAGAUGAUCGAUAUCUUAUCCGUACAAAAGAAAAGCUACCUGUACAAACUGAAGUAGUCAAUCUUCGACGAUUGUUUUUGCCGAAAAAUUUCACCGACAACAUCAAUGUCGAUUUCACUUUAGCCAAACGUGAUGAAUUUCCUUACAUGUAUUUUAUCAUCAAUCACUCAUCACGUGGCAUCUUAACUAUCCAAAAGGAAAUUGAUCGAGAUGAACUGUGCCGUUUACGUCGUUGCCGUUGUGAUACAUGGUGUGACUUAGAAUUAGAAAUACUUAUCAAUAGUGAACAAUUCAAUAUCGAAUUGAUUACCAUACGUAUUCUUGAUCGAAACGAUCAUAAACCAACAUUCACACACAAUCAAUUGAAUUUGACUAUUGUCGAACAUGCACAAAUUGGGGCAAUGAUCAAACUAGAUGCAGCGAUAGAUCAAGAUCAAGGAAAUAACAGUAUCAUUGGUUAUUCGAUUGCCUCAUCAAUAUCACUUCCAUUUUCUCUUCGUUAUGAUUUAUUACGUGGUGAUUUAUCACUUGUCGUUGAGCAAAUACUUGACCGAGAGAUCACAUCAUCAUAUCAAUUCGAUAUUAUUGCCCGUGAUGGUGGCAAUCAAACAGGAACGUUACACGUUUCAAUAACAAUCACCGAUAUCAAUGAUUGUGCACCAAAAUUUGAUCAACCAAUCUAUAUUCUGAAUAAUAUCAGCGAAACUCUGCCGAUCGGUUCGAUCGUCAGUCGUGUACACGCGAAAGAUGAUGACGAUGGUAUAAAUGGUGAAAUAAAUUAUCAUUUAAUCAAUCAAGACCAUUGUUUGGAGAUUGAUCAAGUUACUGGUGAUAUACGUGUGAAAUGUCAGUUAGAUUAUGAGACAAAAUCCACACAUCGAUUGGAAAUCGAAGCACGUGAUCGAGGAGAAGGCUAUAAAACCGAUUUCUGCAUAGUAUUAGUUCAUAUCUUCGAUGAAAAUGAUAAUUCACCUAUGAUUGAUAUUUAUCCUCCAAGUAAAUUAGAUAAUACAUCAAAUUCGAUCGAAAUUGAUUUGAGUGAAUCUAUACCACUUCAUUCAUUAGUAUUAUCAUUGACGAUAGUUGAUCGAGAUUCCGGUGAUAAUGGUCGUGUGACAUGGAAGUUACUACAAUCACCUUCAACGAUUCCUUUCGAUUUGAUUCGUUUAAGUGAAAACACAGGUGAAAUACGUACAAAAGAGUUACUUGAUCGUGAGCGAAUCGAGAUGUACAAUUUAACAUUGGAAGCAACUGAUCAUGGACGAUCAAUGUCGAAAUCGACGUUUUUGAACAUUAACAUUCGUAUCCUUGAUGAAAACGAUAAUGCACCUCAGUUUCGUCAAACAAAUAUGACCGCAACGAUAAAUGAACAUGUCAAAUCAACAAAUUCAAAAGGCUAUGAUAUCUAUCAUUUACACGCAAUAGAUUACGAUCAUGGUAUCAAUGGAGAAAUUCGUUAUUCGAUACAGAAUAAUGAUGAAAAUCUCUUUCAAAUCGAUCCGAAAACAGGAAUUAUCCGAGCUAUAUUGGAAUUCGACCGAAAAAAACAAGAGACUUAUGUGAUUCAGGUCGAAGCAAGAGAUCAAGGUAAACCUUCAUUAUCAACUCAAGGAACAAUAAUAUUUACAGUUAUUAGUCGAAAUGAAUAUUCUCCUGUAUGUAAUGUCGAACAGAAUAUUACCUGGACAGUUAGGGAAAAUAGUGAAACCGGUACUGUGAUUGGGACAAUAUCCUGUCGUGAUGAUGAUAAAGAUGAACUCAACGGACAAAUCAGUGUCUACCCUCAUUGGCUAUCACAAGAGAAAAAUGAUAAACAAUACCAAUCUGAUAUUCCUUUUGCUAUCUCAACUCAAAAAAGUAAUACGUCUCAGUCAACAACGUAUAUUAUCAUUUCAACCAAUGGUACAAUUGAUCGUGAAAAACUUUCUUCCUAUCCAUUAUUUCUGACUGUAUCCGAUAAUGGCAAUCCCCGUCAAUCGAUAAAUAUAUCCAUCACUAUUGAAAUCCUUGAUGAAAACGAUCAUUGUCCACAAUUACACAUCGAAUCGUCGUUUAUAAUUAUCAAUCGUGAUUUAACACCGAAAGAUUUUCUUAUACAUUUAAUCGCAACAGAUAACGAUCAAGAUUCGAAUGGAAAUGUCACAUUCGAAUUGUCACCUGUCACAUCGCCCGAAUACAUUCAUUUAUUACCGAACGGUACAUUAAUCGUUCAAACAGACUCCGAUUUAAUUCUCGAUAAUUCACUCACUGUUUUACAUGUCCAAAUACGCGAUCAAGGCGAACCCACUCCAUGUCUGAUUGUGGAAACUUUGCGUUUGUUUAUUGGUUCGAACGCAACAGACUGGAUUACAGUGGUGAAAAAUAAUAAUUAUGACGACACAUCCUUGCGUCUCGCCACUGAAGAAUUCCAACAAGACAAACGUAUGGCUCAUGCGUACUCCGUUUCGCCAUCAUUACCCCUGUCUUCCCCUCUGUUUCAAUAUCCGUCAUCAAUAGCUUCAUUAGCUACACGAAAACAAAUGUUCGGCGUCUUCAUCGGCCUAUCGGUUUUGAUGUUCAUUGUUAUAUUAACAAUGGUUUUAUGUUUUAUUGACUGUACACAAAAGAAAUCCAAGAAAAAUCGUGCCAUGUCCAUGCUCAGAUCCAACGGCUUUAGUUCUCAUGAUUCAACAUCCUCGACCAAUGGAAAAUACAGUCUAACACCUUUACCAUGCGAAAUCAACAAUAUCUAUGAAAAUGGUUCCACAGCGCAUCGUUAUAAAGGUUUCAAAGGAAUGACAAAUAUCAAGCCAGUUGUUAUUCUUUCUUCAUCUACGUAUUCUCGUUCAUCAUCAUCGAUUGAUUCAACAACACGUGCCAAUACAGAACAUAAUCGCGCUCGGAUCAAUACAUAUACAUACACAGCAUUAAGCACGAGCGAUGAUUUCAUGCCAAUUGAUUUUGACGAUCGUUUAGGCAGCACUUACGACGAAAACGGCAUUGAACUAAGGAUGACGACUGUUUAA